AUGGACACCACCACCUCCAUCAAGAUGACCACUCUGGCAAUCCAGAACCUCUUCAGCUACGUGGAGGAGGAGAACCUGGCAGCACUCAAGGCCCACCUGGACAAGUUCAAGGAGGUGGACGGCAGAAGUGACGUGAGUAUCCUCAUACUAUCUAACAGGCCUACAGGUCUACUAAUCUAUAAACUCAGCAAAAAAAGAAACGUCCUCUCACUGUCAACAGCGUUUAUUUUCAGCAUACUUAACAUGUGUAAAUAUUUGUAUGAACAUAACAAGAUUCAACAACUGAGACAUAAACUGAACAAGUUCCACAGACAUGUGACUAACAGAAAUUGAAUAAUGUGAACAAAGGGAGGGUCAAAAUCUAAAGUAACAGUCAAUAUUUGGUGUGGCCAACAGCUGCAUUAAGUACUGCAGUGCAUCUCCUCCUCAUGGACUGCACCAGAUUUGCCAGUUCUUGCUGUGAGAUGUUACCCCACUCUUCCACAAAGGCACCUGCAAGUUCCUGGACAUUUCUGGGGGGAAUGGCCCUAGCCCUCACUCUCCGAACCAACAGGUCCCAGACGUGCUCAAUGGGAUUGAGAUCCGGGCUCUUCGCUGGCCAUGGCAGAACACUGACAUUCCUGUCUUGCAGGAAAUCACGCACAGAACUAGCAGUAUGGCUGGUGGCAUUGUCAUGCUGGAGGGUCAUUUAAGGAUGAGCCUGCAGGAAGGGUACCACAUGAGGGAGGAGGAUGUCUUCCCUGUAACGCACAGCAUUGAGAUUGCCUGCAAUGACAAUAAGCUCAGUCCGAUGAUGCUGUGACACACCGCCCCAGACCAUGACAGACCCUCCACCUGCAAAUCGAUCCCGCUCCAGAGUACAGGCCUCGGUGUAACGCUCAUUCCUUCGACAAUAAACGCGAAUCCGACCAUCACCCCUUGUGAGACAAAACCGCGACUCGUCAGUGAAGAGCAACUUUUGUCAGUCCUGUCUGGUCCAGCGACGGUGGGUUUGUGCCCAUAGGCGACGUUGUUGCCGGUGAUGUCUGGUGAGGACCUGCCUUACAACAGGCCUACAAGCCCUCAGUCCAGUCUCUCUCAGCCUAUUGUGGACAGUCUGAGCACUGAUGGAGGGAUUGGGCGUUGCUGGUGUAACUCGGGCAGUUGUUAUUGCCAUCCUGUACCUGUCCCGCAGAUGUGACGUUCGGAUGUACCGAUCCUGUGCAGGUGUUGUUACACGUGGUCUGCCACUGCGAGGACGAUCAGCUGUCCGUCCUGUCUCCCUGUAGCGCUGUCUUAGGCGUCUCACAGUACGGACAUUGCAAUUUAUUGCCCUGGCCACAUCAUGCCUCCUUGCAGCAUGCCUAAGGCACAUUCACACAGAUGAGCAGGGACCCUGGGCAUCUUUCUUUUGGUGUUUUUCAGAGUCAGUAGAAAGGCCUCUUUCUACUGUUAGUGUCUUAACGACCGUUCCACAGGUGCAUGUUCAUUCAUUGUUAUUGGUUCAUUGAACAAGCAUGGGAAACAGUGUUUAAACCCUUUACAAUGAAGAUCUGUGAAGUUAUUUGGAUUUUUACUAAUUAUCUUUGAAAGACACGGUCCUGAAAAAGGGAUGUUUCUUUUUUUUGCUGAGUUUAGGCUGUGUCCUAAAUGGCACCCUACCACCUUAUAGUGUGCUACUUUUGACCAGAGCUCUAUGGGUCCUGCUCAAAAGUAGUGCCCUAUAUACAGAAUAGGGUGGCAGUUGGGAAACACAGUCUAAAAAGGUAGAGUCUAAUGAAGAUUUGGUCUAUUACUGUAUAAAGAAAGAGAAUUCAUUGUGUUAGGUCUUUCUAAUUGCUUGCCUUUGUCCCCUCCCUACCAGAAUGGGCAGACGCCCUUGAUGCUGGCUUCAGAGCAGGGCAGUAUUGAGAUUGUACAGGAGCUCAUCAGGAGAGGAGCCAAUGUUAACCUGGACGAUGUGGUGAGUAGGAGAGCACAUACACACGUUCAUUUCAAGGCCGACACGAAUACCUUCAGUUCAGUAUUACAAUCAUUGGGAAUGUGCCAAUCAUUGUGAACUCUGCCUGAGGUCUCCAUGGUAACGGUAGUCACGGUCGUCUCCCUGUUUCCAUGGUGACCGGUAUAACGUGAUGUGGUAUUCUCCUUCCCUCAGGACUGCUGGUCUGCUCUGAUCUGUGCUGCUAAGGAGGGCCAUGUAGAUGUGGUGAAGGAGCUGCUAGACAGCAGUGCUUACAUAGAACACAGAGACAUGGUGAGACGCUCAAUCAGUUCAACUGGCCACAAUCAGUAAUAACUGUAAUGUGUUGGUGAUUGUAUGAACUUGUAUGCUUGUUCAGUCCGCUUCAGUUAGUACUUUCAAUGAAAACACAGAACUAUUCAAUGUACAGGCUUUCCAAUUGUACAGGCUAGGUUUGUAAUGUUUUUGCAUGCAAAGCCCUAAAGGUACUGUAAUGUGUGCAGGAUAAUGUUUUUGUACAGUAAUUGAGGUUGUGUGUUUGGUGUUCUGCAGGGAGGCUGGACGGCCCUGAUGUGGACUGCCUACAAGGGCCGUGUGGAGGUAACCAAGGUUCUCCUUGACCAAGGAGCCAACCCCAACACUACUGGACAGGUGAGCAGUCAUCAUGACCCGUCUCAGACAUUUUACAUUUGAGUCAUUUAGCAGAUGCUCUUCUCCAGAGCAACUUACUGUUAGUGGUCCCGUGUGGCUCAGUUGGUAGAGUAUGACGCUUGCUGCGGGUUCGAUUCCCACGGGGGACCUGUAUGAAAAUGUAUGCACAAACUACUGUCUGCUUAAAAUGACUAAAAUGUAAAAUGCAUUCAUCUUAAGAUAGCUAGGUGAGACAAUCACAGUCGUAGUAACUACAUUUUUCCUCAAUAAAGAAUAUAAAACAUACCAAAUAACACAACAGUAACAAAAGGCACUGGAGGUGGUGGAGCCCAGGAGGCAGGCGUCCAUAUUGUUUCCCGCAACUUCCAACGUAUCAGACUCCAUUACCCCCAUGCUCCUGGAAACAACCACACCUAGGGACUGCAUUCCCUCCUGUGGGCGGCCUUUAAUUCAUGGCUAACUCCGCAAUGAUAGACAAAUAUGCUAGUAAAUCUCUCAUAGAUCUCUCUCUAGAGAUAAAGCUUCUUACGAGACAUAGAGAGACGCGAGCUCUAUGUCUCUCUAUCUUCUCGCUUUCUUUCUCUCUCUCUUCUCUAGCUGCUAAUAUCUCGAUAUCUAUCUCUUGUAGGGUUCUCUCUUUUCUGAUCUCUCUUUCUGCUCUUGAUUCUCUCUCUCUAUGUCUCUUCUCUCUAUCUCUCUCUCUCUCUCUUCUCUCUCUCUCUCUCUCUCUCUCUCUCUCUCUCUCUCUCCUCUCUCUCUCUCUCUCUCUCUCUCUCUCUCUGCCAUCAGCAAUACAGUGUUUACCCCAUCAUCUGGGCAGCAGGCAGAGGUCAUGCUGAAAUCGUCCAGGUCCUGCUGGAGAAUGGAGCCAAGGUCAACUGCUCUGACAAGGUGAGACAACAGAUUGGGCAGCAUGGCUGGGCAAUGCCAGCCUUUGGGUUAGUGGUGCCCCAGUUUGGCCAGAAAUAGUGACCUGUGCCAGUAUGGAUAACCCUGUGAUAACCGUGUGUGUCUUUCCCUCUCUCAGUACGGCACUACCCCUCUGAUCUGGGCAGCCAGGAAGGGCCAUUUUGACUGUGUGAUGCACCUGCUGGAGAACGGAGCCGAUGUCGACCAGGAGGGGGCGGUAUGUCUGCAGUCUACACCAUAGAAAUAGAAUAACAUUCUAAUGAACAGACAUUCUAAUACAUACCGGUAUUCUAGUUCUGCGGUCUACACCUCUCACUGUUCAUCUGUUUAUUUUUUUCGGGAUAUCCAAUUGGUAGUUACGGUCUUGUCCCAUCACUGCAACUUCCAUACGGACUCGGGAGAGGCGAAGGUCAAGAGCCAUGCGUCCUCCGAAACACGACCCCGCCAAGCCGCACUGCUUCUUGACACACUGCUCGCUUAACCCGGAAGCCAGCCGCACCAAUGUGUCGGAGGAAACACCGUACAACUGGCGACCGUGUCAGUGUGCAUGCGCCCGGCCCGCCACAGGAGUCGCUAGAGCGCGAUGGGACAUGGACAUCCCGGCCGGCCAAACCCUCCCCUAACCCGGAUGACGAUGGGCCAAUUGUGCGUCGCCUCAUGGGUCUCCCGGUCACAGCCGGCUGCGACACAGCCUGGGAUUGAACCCGGAUCUGUAGUGAUGCCUUAAGCACUGCAGUGCCUUAGACCGCUGCACCACUCGGGAGGCCCUAUCAUCUGUUUAAAGUCAGAGAGAAAGGCUUUGUACAUCAAGCGUAGUUAUUUGGAUUUAAUAUCAUCACACAGCUCUCUCUACGCCUCUCCUCAUUCUUUCCUGUCUUUCUCUCUGUCUCUCCUUUCUCCCUUUGUUCUGUUUCUCUCCCUCCCUCCCUGCAUAUCUCCUCUCCCUCCUUCCUUCCCUCCCUCCCUCUCUCCGUCCCACCCCCUGUAGAACUCGAUGACAGCUCUGAUCGUGGCAGUGAAGGGAGGUUUCACUGAGGUGGUGAAGGAGCUUCUGAAGAGGAACCCUAACGUGAACAUGACGGACAAGGAUGGCAACACAGCCCUGAUGAUCGCUGCCAAGGAGGGCUACACUGAGAUAGUACAGGACCUGCUGGACGCUGGCACCUACGUCAACAUACCAGACAGGGUGGGCAAAGGAGCACACACACAGACACAUAUUUUGUAUUAUAGGUGCUGUAUUGAGAUGUGGAUGUAAUGUAGAUGCUGUAUGCUGACCUAUGACCUAUUUUGUGUGUGUGUGUGUGUGUGUGUGUUUUGCAGAGUGGAGACACAGUGCUUAUCGGAGCAGUGAGAGGAGGCCAUGUGGAGAUAGUGAAGGCUCUGCUGCACAAAUACGCUGACAUCGACAUCAGAGGACAGGUAAGGAGUCUGACACCUGGCUACUUCAGAUCAGACACACACUGUGCAUCCCAAAUUGAACUCUAUACCCUAUAUCAGGGGUUCUUAAACUUAUUCAGCCUGGGUCCCAAAUUAGAAAUUCUGUGUUUUCCUGGUACCCAAGCUUAUGAAAACAUGCAACUAUAUGUAAAUAUUGGUACAUUUCAUUGCGCUUAUGCCUAAAAUAAAUGCAAUAUAGACAAAAACAAAUACAAAUAAAAUAAAUAGCUAUUCAUGUUUAUUUCCCCCCAUUAAAAACACUCUUACAUAUCUGUCUCGAUUGGAACUGUUGCUGUUAAAAUACAAGAAAUCAUUAUAAUUCUGAACUGGAAUAAACUGAUUGAUCACAUCAUACAGUAGACCAGAAAACACACACACAAACACAUGCACACACACAAACACACACAGUCCUAAUGAGAGGUGUGUGGCUGGUUGAAGUUUUCAACAAGCAGGUCUAUUCUGGGCUCAGUUUUUGACAGUGCAACCCAGAGGUUAUGCUCAGCAUUGAGUCUGUUUCUAUACUUGUUUUUUAAAUAUGCCAGAGUUGAGUACCCUGACUCGCAUAGGUAUGUGGUGCCAAGCUGGAUCAGAACAUCUACUGCUUUCUCAUUCAGGCAGGAGACCGCUUCCUGCUGUAGAUGAGCAACCCAGAACUGUGUGAGUGUGUUUGCCUCAAAAAGCAUCUUGCUUCAAUCAGUUUAUUCCAGUUCAGUUUUAACAGCAACAGUUCCAACCUAGACUUGUUUUCAACAGUCAUUUCUACAGUAAGAUGUACGGUAGACCUGAUCAUUUUUCAUCUGUACUGUUACUUAGGGUUGCACUAUCAGUAGCUAGCUAGCUUGCUUUGGCUAACGUUAACGUUAGCUAGCUAGCUAUUAGCUGUGUACAAGGGGAUUGUUUGAAAGAGAAACUCACAUCGACUACUAUCAGAGAUAAUAAUCAUCACCUGUUAUAAAAUGACAACAUUGCAUUGCUAGCUGACUUACUCUUCCAAUGUCGAAACACUGUUUCCUGAAGCAUUCUGCCCUGUUCUGAAAGAACUCCCUGGGUUGUUAGGUUAGGACGUGUCGUUUUAAUGUGUUCGUUUUGAGAGACUCAUUACUAAGCACUUCCCCGCACAAAACACAUUGUGGGCGCUCCUCGUUAUUUCUCAAAGUUUGUGUGAAACCAAGAGAGAGAAACUCAUUGCUGUAUUUGCGUUUCAUGACGAUUGAGCUUAGUCAGAAGUUGUGGCUAGCUUGAGUCCAUUCGAUGACAGUGGUGAGUGAUGGCGAGUGGGAAUGACAAGUUAGUGGCUGACAGCACAUCAUCUUGUGCUGAAUGACAGCGCUGCAGCAUGUGGGUCACGGAGUGAUUGUCAAGAAAACUGCAGAGAAAAGACCCGGUAAACCACGAAGCAUACGCACAUCUCCCUCCCACUUGCGCUGCUGCCAAACUGACCAGACACCGCUGCAAAGCAGAAAGCGCACUGAACAGAGAGCGCAGUUGCAGUAUAAUAAAAUGAUUAUACAUUUACUCUGACACGUCGCGACCCACCAUUAACAGGUCCGCGACCCAAACCCAUACUUAAAGAAAGGCUGCCCUAUAUAGUGGACUACUGUUGACCAGGGCCCAUAGGGGAUCUGGUCAACAGUAGUGCACUAUUUAGGGGAUAGGGUGCCAUUUGGGACGGCGACAUACAGCACUACAUUAUAGAAGAAAGUACAUGAUAGAAGAAAGUACAUGCAAUUCACCUCAACUGCCUUACAACAAUACAUUUUGACCUCUUGCAGGAUAACAAGACAGCCCUGUACUGGGCCGUGGAGAAAGGCAAUGCCACCAUGGUGAGAGAUAUCCUCCAGUGCAACCCAGACACAGAGACCUGCACCAAGGUAAGAGGCAAAAACAAUAACCAUAUUUCACUAUGUGACAACCCAGACACAUACACAGCCACCUACUGUAGUCACCAUGAUCAUGUGUUGCCUUGUCUCAGGAUUCAGAGAGCCCUCUGAUCAAGGCCACUAAGAUGAGGAAUAUUGACAUAGUGGAGCUUCUGCUGGACAAAGGAGCCAAGGUGUCAGCUGUGGAUAAGGUACAACAUAUUUUGCCAUUUAACCUUUAUUAAACCUGGCAUCCGAACGACCUGUACAAUAAUCUAUCUAUGCCCAUUUGUAAUGUAUAAUAAACCAUAUACAUGGCAUACAGAACGUAAAAAAGACUCAAGUUAUAUAGACAUAAAGUCUGAUCCUACUUGUCUCCCACUAGAGAGGCGACACCCCUCUCCACAUCGCCAUACGUGGGCGGAGCCGCAGGCUGGCGGAGCUCCUCCUCCGUAACCCUAAAGAUGGCCGCCUGCUGUACCGGCCCAACAAGGCCGGCGAGACGCCCUACAAUAUCGACUGCAGCCACCAGAAGAGCAUCCUCACCCAGAUCUUUGGAGCCCGUGAGUUUCCUUACUCUCCGGAAGCUCAGUCAGUUACUUUCGGCAGUGAAAAUCUAGUAGAAUACCAUAAGGGACAUUACCUGUGUGAUGGAGUCGAUAAAACUGGGAGUCACAUUUUAGCCGCUGUUCUGUUAUAUAAGGUCUAACUCUGACAAUCUUACUUAUAUAAAUAUUGUAGACUUGUAACUAAAUCAACGGUAAAUAUUGUAGAUAUUGUAGAGCUUUAAGUAACCUCAUUCCAUCUGUCUUGUGUCCCAUCCAAGGCCACCUGUCCCCUACUGAGUCUGACGGAGACAUGCUGGGUUAUGACCUGUACAGCAGUGCCUUGGCAGACAUCCUCAGUGAGCCCACAAUGCAGCCACCCAUCUGUGUGGGCUUGUACGCCCAGUGGGGCAGCGGCAAGUCCUUCCUGCUCAAGAAACUGGAGGGUAUGGAACUAAAACAGAAUUAGAGUAUUAUUCAUAGCAGGGGUUCUCAAAGUGGGGUCUGCGAUCUCAAAAUAUAAAUAUAUACAGUACCAGUCAAAAGUUUGGACACACCUACUCAUUCAAGGGUUUUUCUUUAUUUUUACUAUUUUCUACAUUGUAGAAUAAUAGUGAAUACAUCAAAACUAUGAAAUAACAUAUGGAAUCAUGUAGUAAGAAAAAAAAGUGUUAAAUGAAUCAAAAUAUAUUUUAUAUUUGAGAUUCUUCAAAUAGCCACCCUUUGCCUUGAUGACAGCUUUGCACACUAUUGUAAAAUAGUGAACUACUCCUUUAACAAUAUGUUAUACAUGUUAAUAAUAAGAUAGCUGUUAAUAUUAACAAAUUAUUUUAUGAACUCAUUCACCCCCUCUUCCUCUCCCCCUUUCUUCCCCUCUCCAGAUGAGAUGAAGACAUUUGCUGGCCAGCAGGUGGAGCCGUUGUUCCAGUUCUCCUGGCUUGUGGUGUUCCUGUCCCUGCUGCUGUGUGGUUCUGUAGCUCUGGUCCUGGGCUUCACCGUCGACCCCACGCUGGCCAUUGCCGUCUCCCUGAGCCUGCUGGCCCUGGUCUAUGUCUUCUUCAGUGAGACUGUCAUUUUGUCCUCCAUUUUCUAUGUAGUCCAGUAGUCUAGUAGGAUUAUGUUAUUUUCAUGUGCCACACUAGAGGGCAGUAUUAUACCAGUAACAAUAUUGUAAGACUGGUAACAAUGUAGUUAGGAUAGCAGGGAGAUUAGAAAAAGGAUUCAUACUUUUUACUGGACUUAAUGCUUGAAUAAACAGUAUAUUAACACACAUAGCCUAUGUACUAUACUGACUGGUUUACCAAACACUGUUAAUGAUCCAGUUAAGAGAUCAUUCUAACAGUCUGUCUCUCUCUGUACUGACUAGCUUUUCCAAACACUUUCAAUGACACAGGAACAGUUUUUAAACUCUGGCUGUCUUCAUUUGUCCUGUAGUGGUGGUGGCUGUUAAUUAUCCAGUUAGGAGAUAACUGUUUCCCUCUCUGUGUAGUGGUGGUGUACUUUGGCAGUCGUCGUGAGGGGGAGAACUGGAACUGGGCGUGGGUGAUCAGUACCCGUCUGGCACGACACAUUGGCUACCUGGAGCUGCUGCUCAAACUGAUGUUCGUCAACCCCCCUGACCUGCCCGAACAGACCACCCGCGCCCUGCCAGUCAGGUAUAACACACACACACACACACACACACACACACACACACACACACACACACACACACACACACACACACACACACAGACCACCCGCGCCCUGCCAGUCAGGUAUAACACACACAUACACACACACACACACACACACACACACACACACACACACACACACACACACACACACACACAGACCACCCGCGCCCUGCCAGUCAGGUAUAACACACACAUACACACGCAACCGCACACACACACACACACACACACACAGACCACCUGUGCUCUGCCCAUCUGGUAUACACAACCCUCCUCACCCACCCAAAAUCACUACCAAACCCCUCUUGGCAAAGCCAGAAAUCUACACUACAAUCACAUGCCGUAUUUAUCACAUCAGUCCUGGAUGUAAUUAACUUUUUUUUAUAUCACUUCAUUAUAUGCCUUGGUUUGUAAAGUAUUUGCGAAUUAUUUAUGUAGUGCUCAUGGAGACUUUAUGAAUUCCAUAUAAAGCCUUUCUAAGUUGUAGUUUGUGUCCGCUCCUCUCCCUCUACUGUUGUGUCCCUGCAGGUUCCUGUUCACGGACUACAACCGUCUGUCCAGUGUGGGAGGAGAGACCAGCCUGGCAGAGAUGAUAGCUACCCUGUCUGAUGCCUGUGAGAGGGAGUUUGGCUUCAUGGCCAGCCGCCUCUUCAGGGUCUUCAAGACGGAGGAAUCACAUGGUAAGGACAGACUAGUCAGUUCAGUUUACUUAAUUGAAUCCCCUUGGGCAAAUGUGUUUUACUAUUGGCACUACUUUGAGUCACUAUCAGUCACUACAUUUGUAAAUACACAAACCAGUUUUCAGUAGGAACUAAGAACAAACGGUUGCAAACGUCCAAGAGACAAUGAGAAUGAAUGUUCUUAUUGAACAAGCUUAGUUAGUAGCCUACCUCCUGUUUCAAAAAUAUUUGUAUGCCUACUGUUUUCUAUGUUUCAUGAUAAAUUGAUCAUAGGCAGCAAAAAUACACAUUUCUGUUCUGAUAGUCAUUAAAAAUGGAUUGUAUUAUAGGGAAGAAGAAGUGGAAGAAGACAUGCUGCGUUCCCUCCUUCGUCAUCUUCGUCUUCAUCCUGGGCUGCCUGAUCACCGGCAUGGCCCUCCUCGCCGUCUUCAAGGUUUCGUUUAUUAGUCUUGCUUAUUGGUCUUUUAGCAUUAUUACAGGUUCUGAAACAGAUGGGAUUAAAAAGUCUGAAUUACUUUGCUGCUGUUAUGAUACAAAACACCAAUGUUGAAUGAAUAAGACAAUUUCAAAAUGCAUAAAGGUGGACGUUGCCAACCAGACGGUGAAUGCCGUGCUGAUCGCCAUGGCCAGUGUGGUGGGCCUGGCGCUGGUGCUCAACUGCCGGACCUGGUGGCAGGUGGCCGACUCGGUGCUCAACUCCCAGAGGAAGAGGCUGCACAGCGCCGCCAACAAGAUGCACAAGCUCAAGAGCGAGGGCUUCAUGAAGGUAGGGUGCACUGCAAACAGCCACACAUGCAUGCACACACAAAAACAAACAUCCACACAUACCUGCUACCUGUCUCAUCCCCCCGCCCCCUCUGUCUCUCUAUAUAUAUCUCUAUAUCUCGCUGUACCUCUCUCUCCUCCCUCCUCAGGUGUUAAAGAAUGAGGUGGAGCUGAUGGCGAGGAUGGCUAAGACCAUCGAUGGCUUCACUCAGAACCAGACGCGUCUUACUGUCAUCAUAGACGGCCUGGACUCCUGUGAACAGGACAAAGUACUGCAGAUGCUGGAUACAGUAAGACACACACACACACACACACACACACACAGUCACAGGGUGAUAGGGUAUACCGUAUCACUCUAAACAUCUCACCCUUGUGCAACCUUUGAGUUAUUUCCGAAAACGAUCUGUCCCAAGAGAGCAAACAACACACAGUUAUACAUCAGUCAUAAAGAUUCCAGAAGCUGUCAGUAAUACAAUUGUCUUUAAUCUGAUCAAUUUAUUUGAGGAGCAAGGCCAUCUGAACUUGCUGCUUCUUGUUUACUAAUGAAAUCUUUGCUCUAAGGAAAUAAUGGAUCUUCUACACUACCAGUCAAAAGUUUGGACACACCUACUCAUUCAAGGGUUUUUCUUUCUUUCUUUUUAUUUUUUUACAUUGUAGAAUAAUAGCGAAGACAUCAAAACUAUGAAAUAACACAUAUGGAAUCAUGUAGUAACCAAGAAAAAGUGUUAAACAAAUCAAAGUAUAUUUCAUAUUUGAGAUUCUUCAAAUAGCCACCCUUUGCCUUGAUGACAGCUUUGCACACUCUUGGCAUUCUGUCAACCAGCUUCAUGAAGUAGUCACCUGGAAUGCAUUUCAAUUAACAGGUGUGCCUUCUUAAAAGUUAAUUUGUGGAAUUUAUUUCCUUCUUAAUGCAUUUGAGCCAAUCAGUUGUGUUGUGACAAGGUACAGGGGUAUACAGAAGAUAGCCCUAUUUGGUAAAAUACCAAGUCCAUAUUAUGGCAAGAACAGCUGAAAUAAGCAAAGAGAAACAACAGUCCAUCAUUACUUUAAGACGUGAAGGUCAGUCAAUACGGAACAUUUCAAGAACUUUUAAAGUUUCUUCAAGUGCAGUCGCAAAAACCAUCAAGCGCUAUGAUGAAACUGGCUCUCAUGAGGACCGCCACAGGAAUGGAAGACCCAGAGUUACCUCUGCUGCAGAGGAUAAGUUCAUUAGAGUUACCAGCCUCAGACAUUGCAGCCCAAAUAAAUUAUUCACAGAGUUCAAGUAACGGACACAUCUCAACAUCAACUAUUCAGAGGGGACUGUGUGAAUCAGGCCUUCAUGGUCGAAUUGCUGCAAAGAAACCACUACUAAAGGACACCAAUAAGUAGAAGAAACCUGCUUGGGCCAAGAUUUAGAUUUUAGAUUUUAGAUUUCAGUCAUUUAGCAGACGCUCUUAUCCAGAGCGACUUACAGGAGCAAUUAGGGUUAAGUGCCUUGCUCAAGGGCACAUCGACAGAUUUUUCACCUAGUCAGCUCGGGGAUUAGAACCAGCGACCUUUCGGUUACUGGCACAACGCUCUUAACCACUAAGCUACCUGCAAGAAACACAAGCAAUGGACAUUUGACCGGUGGAAAUGUGUCCUUUGGUCUGGAGUCCAAAUUUGAGAUUUUUGGUUCAAACCGCGGUGUGGGUGAACGUAUGAUCUCUGCAUGAGUAGUUCCCACCGUAAAGCAUGGAGGAGGAGGUGUUAUGGUGUGGGGGUGCUUUGCUGGUGACACUGUCUGUGAUUUAUUUAGAAUUCAAGGCACACUUAACCAGCAUGGCUACCACAGCAUUCUGCAGCGAUACGCCAUCCCAUCUGGCCUCCACAAUCCCCCGACCUCAACCCAAUUGAGAUAGUUUGGGAUGAGUCGGAUGGCAGAGUGAAGGAAAAGCAGCCAACAAGUGCUCAGCAUAUGUGGGAACUCCUUCAAGACUGUUGGAAAAGCAUUCCAGGUGAAGCUGGUUGAGAGAAUGCCAAGAGAGUGCAAAGCUGUCAUCAAGGCAAGGGACGCAAAAUAUUUAUCUUGUCCGUGCCCAGCGUGCCUCUCUAGGGUGCUGUUGGAGAGACAUAGUGCCGCGGCAAUAUAAAUUAUGUAUCCAAUUGUAGAAAGAGUAGUAGCCUAUGUGUUUUUUCUGUAGCCUACAGACUGGAGACCAUAUUUAUGACAAAUUGCCAAAAUGGCGCGCCCUAUCAAAUAAAAAUGCACUUCGAUUUGAAAAUGACUUAGCAUGUUAACAAACACCAUAUCCUAAAAACAGGGCAGGUCAAAAUAAAAUGGACAAUAUGGAAUGAAAUUAGGCUACUCAGGUGUAGGGCUGAGGCGGUCAUGAAAUGUUGUCAGCCGGUUAUUGUCAUGCAAAAGACUGCCGGUCUCACGGUAAUUGACCAUUAAUUAACAUAAACACGUUUAGCAUCUCCAGGCCUCCAAGCAUACAAGCCACUGAUGCUCUUUGGAACAUCUACAUUUUAAAAGGUAUAAUAAAUCAAUGUAAUAUACACCAUCACAAUAAAUACAUUAUUUAUUUUAGUCAGGUCUAAAGAAACAUGAUAUGAAGAAAAUGUAUUUCAGAAGAACCGAAUAUGAGUUGGCCUACUGUAGGCCUAUGUUAUCUGGCUAUGCUCCAUGCCAUAGGCUGUGGGCUUGUUCAUUUAGCUGACAACAUAUGCUUAUAAGUCCUGUGCCAUGAUUUGAUUUUAGAGGAUUUUAUAGAAGAAUAUAAUUGAAUUUAGCUGAAUAAAAUAGAAAGGAUAUUUUUCCCGUUACGGACCGACUGUACAUAUGAAGUGCCUAUGUUGAGCGUAAAAGUGAUCAUUUGAAACUGGUCCUAUAUGCUAGAUUUAGAGUUAUGUGGCAACUUUAGUUGUGAAUGAUACAAACCUUCAAAUAUCUUAGAAAUCAAAACGUAUAUGGGCUGCAUGGUGCGACUAUAGGCUAUUGAUGAUUUGAGAAAGAAGCUUGCGCUCUGUUCCUUGCCUCAGGCUGCACAGCUGUUCUCUCAUCAAGUGAUCAUAUUUUCACCCAUCAGACUAUUCUCAAUUUAAUCUCGUCUUUACUAACAUGUAAAGUUAGUUUUGAUUUAGAAUGGCCCAUUAUCAAAUGGGCAGGAACAGGGCAGGGGGAAAAAAUACAUGUAAUCUGUAUGCACUCGAAUAGCGAAUGGAAGCCACACGCUUUCCCGCCGGUCCGUUUUGUAGGCUACUUCGGUUUUAUAGCGGAGCAUGUGCUUAAUAUGAGCAGCUGAGAAAUAAAUAGAAGAACACUUAUUUCACUCCACGCAUCAACCACUGUUUGAGGAGCAUGCUCUCGCUGCCCCAACAGGUAAUAUUCUGGCCAAACUAUAUGCCAUGGGCUCUCCAACCUUGUUCCUGCAGCUACCCAGUGCUUAAUUUGGGAAACCAAGUAAAAUCUGUGUGGGAACAUCUACAGUAACAUGUUUUUGCAAUGAAACAUAUUUCACUAAACUGUUGACAGCCUGUCUGCGUGCUCGAGAAAGGAAUAAAGGAGAGAGAGGAGGAGAUGGAAACAUGUGGUGAGAUAUUCUGUAGCUAAAGGUAAUGUGUCACCCAAUUAAUUAUGAAAAUAUAAAAAAUGCCCUAUUACUAGGCUAUUCAAAAUCCAAUGCAAAUUCACUAAUUGUAGGCUAACUGUAAGCCGCACUGCACAAUCAAUGAACCAACAGCAUUGCCUAGGGCUAUAAGUUCUCUCCCAGACUCAUGGAUAGAAAUGUUGGAGCGUAGCAUAAGGUAACCAGCCCAUCCAGUAUGCAUAAUAAUACAGUCCACACUCAACGGCGAUUACUCUUAAUUUGUUUAAUUUUGGAGUAUAGGCUAGACCAAUUAUGUACCAAAGACAUCUUAAAUCAGUUUUGUUUUAUGUUUUUCUGCCAUGUGUAAUAUGCGGUAGGUUAUGUAUUGUAUAAUAGCAAAAUCACAAUUGUUAUUUUGGGCUUGCGCUCAUGAGCCUAUGCAUAAGCUCUAAUAUGCGUGUAGGCGUUUUUAAUUAAUCAUCACCUUAGAAAGCGCUGUCCAUUUUACAUUUACGUCAUUUAGCAGACGCUCUUAUCCAGAGCGGCUUACAGGAGCAAUUAGGGUUAAGUGCCUUGCUCAAGGGCACAUCGACAGAUUUUUCACCUAGUCGGCUCGGGGAUUAGAACCAGCGACCUUUCGGUUACUGGCACAACGCUCUUAACCACUAAGCUACCUGCCGCCCCGAGCCUGUUAGGCUUUGAAACAACAUCCACAACAACCAUGUUUUACACUGUUUCAACCUGCUGUUGAACUUCUUUCUUCAAAUUGAUCAUCACAGUGAGGUGAGUUUUAAAAGUACAAUAGGCCUACUGUUUGGAUGAUAUGUGUUUGAUAUGAUUUUCGUUUUCAUUUACAUUGAUGUCAGAGUGGUUAGAGGGACAAUAGAGCCCUGAGUACCAGGCCAUUAGGACCUGAUGGUCGUUAGUGAGUUGGGUACUACAAAGGCAUGUCCAGAGUGCAUAAAAGGAGAUUCAUGUGACUCAACGGCCACGUGGAAUUUUACUGCGGUCAUGACUCAUGACUGCCGGUGUGGCGGUAAUACAGUCACUGCAACAGCCCUACUCAAGAGUGCUGUCCGGGAGUUUCACACCGUGGGCUAAAUUGUCCUGAAUUGGUGAUUUCAAUUGUAGGCCUAUUAGUAAAUUUUUUACGAGCUGAUCAUAGCGAAUAAGAAAAUACUUCUACAUUUGUCGCUGUGUAACACAUUCAUUCUCAUUGCAAAUAUACAAAAAAUUACUCCUGAUAAACUUGGGUAGCUCAUAUGCCCAUCUUAAAUAGCCAAAAUGAUUAGUCUUAAGCCUUGGUCAGGAAUGAGGAAUAAAGCCAAUGCAAAUGCCUGUUUUACAAACGGUACGACAUUCAUAAAAUAGCAUUGCAAGCCGACACUGAUGGCUACACUAUUCUAGUUUUGCGGGGAUAGGAGGAGGGCAGCUAUUUUUAUGUCUCGCCUAAGGAGGCACAAACACACACACACACACACACACACACACACACACACACACACACACACACACACACACCUAAGGAGGCACAAACACACACACACACACACACACACACACACACACACACACACAGUCACAGGGUGGUAUAACCUCGAGCAGUAACAUCGCUAUGUUUUUUGACCAACUGUUGUUCCCCAGCUCCUCGCCUUGUGUGGGGCUUUUAUCUGCAAAUUGAAUUAUUUCCGAAAACGAUCUGUCCCAAUAAUACAAAGAACACAUAUACGUCACUCACGAAGAUUCCAGAAGCUGUCAUGAUUUUUCGUAUUAUUUACAGUAAUACAAUUUUCUGUAAUCUGAUCAAUUUAUUUGAGGAUCUAAACUAAUUGUAACCCUAACCCUAAACCUAACCCCUAAGCUUAAAAUAGUAUUUUUCCUCGUGGGGACCGGCAAAAUGUCCCCACUUGUCCGAAUUUCCCUUGUUUUAUUAUCCUUGUGUCACGCUCGUUGACGGACGGGACGGACCAAGGCGCAGCGUGAUAUGCAAACAUGUUUAUUAACACGAAUAAACACACGACAAAACAAUAAACCAACGACACGUGAAGUCCUAAGGUAACACACAACAAACCUUAUACAGAACAAGAUCCCACAACCCACUAGUGCCAAAAGGCUGCCUAAGUAUGGUCCCCAAUCAGAGACAACGAGCGACAGCUGCCUCUGAUUGGGAACCACACCGGCCAACAUAGAACUGCACAUCCUAGAAAACCCACAUAGAAUAUGCACAAACAAAGAAUACACACACCCUGACUCAACAUAUAAGAGUCCCCUGAGUCAGGGCGUGACACCUUGUGAGGACUUCUGGUACCUACGAUAGUUAAACACACACACACACACACACACACACACACCUUUCUUUCCCACAAACCUCACCAUAUGUACCGUGUUUCUACCUGCUCCAACAGGUGAGGGUGCUGUUCUCCAAAGGCCCUUUCAUCUCGAUCUUCGCCAGCGACCCCCACAUCAUCAUCAAGGCCAUCAAUCAGAACCUGAACAGCGUGCUCAGGGACUCCAACAUCAACGGCCAUGACUACAUGAGAAACAUCGUCCACCUGCCCGUCUUCCUCAACAGCCGGGGGUUGAGUAGCGCCAGGAAGAUGUGUGUGGCAGCGCCCGCUAACGGAGACACUAGCAACUCAGACGGUAAUCCAUACCAAUCAGACGGUAAAGACGGACUCACACACCCAUGCAUGACUCGCGCACACACGCACAUUCACAUUCAUACACCUACUGCCACCUGCAAAACCCACGACUCCAAUUGCACACAACCUUAGCUCCAAAAUCGGGGACAGGUCUAUGACUAAAUGUGUCAAAUGAUUGGUCUGUUAUUAGCUCUGAUUUCUCAUCCACAUCUUUCCUGUCUCUGUCUGUAGGCUGGCAUGAGGAGCUGGACAGGAAGCUAUCCCAGCACAGCAUCGGAGAGAUGACAAAGUUUGGCAGCAAGACCACCCUGAACCGCAGGGUAAGAGAGAGAAGAGUGUGUGUGUGUGUCAAAUCCAAAAGUAAUUUUAUUUGUCACGUACAAAGUUUACAGCCGGUAUAAAAGGUACAGUGAAACAAACCCUGAAAUAUCACAUUUACAUAAGUAUUCAGACCCUUUACUCAGUACUUUGUUUAAGCACCUUUGGCAGCGAUUACAGCCUUGUGUCUUCUUGGGUAUGACGUUACAAGCUUGGCACACCUGUAUUUGGAGAGUUUAUCCCAUUCUUCUCUGCAGAUCCUCUCAAGCUCUGUCAGGUUGGAUGGGGAGGUCGCUGUAACAGCUAUUUUCAGGUCUCUCCAGAGAUGUUAGAUUGGGUUCAAGUCCGGGCUCUGGCUGGGCCACUCAAGGACAUUCAGAGACUUGUCCCGAAGUCACUCCUGAAUUGUCUUGGCUGUGUGCUUAGGGUCGUUGUCCUGUUGGAAGGUGAACCUUCGCCCCGGUCUGAGGUCCUGAGGUUUUCGUCAAGGAUCUCUCUGUACUUUGUUCCGUUCAUCUAUGCCUCGAUCCUGACUAGUCUCCCAGUCCCUGCUGCUGAAAAGCAUCCCCACAGAUUAUGCCACCAUGCUUCACCGUAGGGAUGGUGCCAGGUUUCCUCCAGACAUUCAGGCCAAAGAGUUCAAUCUUGGUUUCAUCAGACCAGAGAAUCUUGUUUCUCAUGGUCUGAAAGUCUUUAUGUGCCUUUUGGCAAACUCCAAGCGGGCUGUCAUGUGCCUUUUACUGAGGAGUGGCUUCCGUCUGGCCACUCUACCAUAAAGGCCUGAUUGGUGGAGUGCUGCAGAGAGGGUUGUCCUUCUGGAAGGUUCUCCUAUCUCCACAGAGGAACUCUGGAGCUCUGUCAGAGUGACCAUCGUGUUCUUGGUCACCUCCCUGACCAAGGCCCUUCUCCCCCGAUUGCUCAGUUUGGCCGGGCGGCCAGCUCUAAGAAGAGUUUUGGUGAUUCCAAACUUCUUCCACUGUGUUCUUGGGGACCUUCAAUGCUGCAGAAAUGUUUUGCUGCCCUUCCCCAGAUCUGUGCCUCGACACAAUCCUGUCUCGGAGCUCUACAGACAAUUCCUUUGAUCUCAUUGCUUGGUUGUCAACUGUGGGACCUUAUAUAGACAGGUGUGUGCCUUUCCAAAUCAUGUCCAAUCAAUUGAAUUUACCACAGGUGCACUCCAAUGAAGUUGUAGAAACAUCUCAAGGAUGAUCAAUGGAAACAGGAUGCACAUGAGCUAAAUUUCGAGUCUCAUAGCAAAGGGUCUGAAUACUUAUGUAAAUAAGGUAUUUCUGUUUUUUAUUUGUAAUACAUUUGCAAACAAUUCUAAAAACCUGUUUUCGCUUUGUCAUUAUGGGGUAUUGUGUGUAGAUUGCGGAGGAUUUUUAUUUAUUUAAUCAAUUUUUAAAUAACAAAAUGUGGAAAAAGUCAAGGGGUCUGAAUACUUUCCGAAGGCACUGUACAUUACCACAGUCACACCAUGAGUUGUUGAUCAUGAAGCAAACCCCUCCUUUACUUUUCCUGGAUAAUUUUUUCGACCUGUCCGUGCGAUGUAGGGAAAACCCAGCAAGCUGGAUAGCUGGAUUCAGCACGGAAUCCAAGAGCCAUGUUUCAGUCAGGUAUAUUACGUUACUGUCUCUCGUGUCCCGUUGGUAGGAAAUCCUCACCCUGAGCUUGUCUACCUUAUUGUCCAGAGACUCUACAUUUUCUAGUAAAAUACCAGGAAGCGGUGGAUGAUUUGCCCUCCUUAGUCUGACUAGAACGCCAGCUCUCCUUUCUCACCUCCGUCGUCGUCUUUUUGGUAUGAAUGGGACUGUUUCAGGGGAACAAAAAAAAGUGUCCUGUUCUGGAAAGUCCAUUUUUGGUGAGUAACCGCCGUUCUGUCUGUCAUAGGAGAUAAUCCCAGAAACAUCCUGAGCAAAUAAAGUAAAAAAGAACACUAAAAUAAACAACAAACUGCAAGGGCGACCGUGUCUGCCGGUGCACAUCUUGCCGUGUGUGUUUGUGGGUGUGUGGCCUGGUGCUUGACCCCAACCCGGUGGUUUCCCAAAGAGGACAGGCAUAUGGGUCAACACCGUCACCUAUAGUAUCAUCAAAGGCCUUCAGAUCUGUCAUAAUUAAAUCAAUAUAAUAACCACACGACUACACAUAAAAAGUCAGUCAAUACGCAGGCGCUUUGAUCCUAUUCCCUUGAUAGUGCCCUUCAAAAGUAGUGCACUAUAAUGGAAAUAGGGUGCCAUUUGGGACGCAGCCGGUAACAAUCCCAUAGCUAAAAAUAGGGCGUGGGGAAUAACUUCAAAGCCAACCUCUGUACUAGGAGCUCCUGACUGUCCAGCUCGUGCUCUUACUGUGCUUUCAAUCCAAUUAGGCUGGAUCUACUGCGUUUCUCCCCCACCAAGCCACAUCAUGUGCAGUUUAGUGUGAGUUGCUCUGUGAACCAAGCCUGGUGGAACCAGCCUGAUCGCUGCGUUCACCAUUCUAUUUCACUUCACGUAUCAGUCUGGCAUUCCUCCUCGUUGAAACUGUUUGCGGCUGUCUGUAUACGUGCAGUAAAACAGAAUGGUGAACACAGCGAUCAGGCUGCUUCCACCCGGCUACUGCGAACACUCCUGCUGUAAUUUACCCAUCCCAAUAAUACCCUAACCUUAACCUUAACCCUAACCCCCAAGGCCCUCAUAUCAUAAUAAGAACCAGGUGCCCUGUACUCAAGGAGCCGAGCCAAAUCUCACACCCAAUUUGUCAACUUUUUCCAUAUUUUUCCAUAUCAUGCUAUAUUACAUGUGGCAGUUUACCACUGUGUUUUCUGUGUACACAGCAAAUCGUAUGUGAUUGCUGUUUCCUUUCAUACGUUAAUAUAACGUUAAUAUAUGGGUGACAUGCGUUCAAAUAAUGUUAAUAUAUCUCUUCCAUAUCUCUUGCACUCACUAUGCACACACACUGCACUCUACCCACACACUCACACAUACUUACACUGACUCCCCAACACACACACACACAUACACACACAUACAUACACACACACACACACACACACACACACACACACACACACACACACACACUACAUACGCCCACACACACAUAACAUGCACACAUAUGCAUACUGACGCCACACACUUUCACACAUACGCUGCUGCUAGUCAAUUUACCCUUACCUAUAUGUACAGUACAUAGCUACCUCAAUUACCCCGUACCCCUGCACAUCGACUCGGUACUGGUACUCCCUGUAUAUAGCCAUGUUAUUUUCUACUCCCUAUAUAUAGCCAUGUUAUUUUUACUCAUUAUUUUUAUUUGUUAUUCACUUUGCCACUAUUUAAAAAAUAUAUAUAGCUUAUCUUUAACUCUGCAUUGUUGGAAAAGCAUUUCACUGUUAGUCUACACCUGUUGUCUUUGAAGCAUGUUACUUUUUUCUUUAUUAAUCUUUUUAAAAAAUUAUGGAUUUGAAUAUAUGGUUCACAUAUGUUAAUAUUUCCAGCAGCAUACCACCCUGCAUCCCACUGCUGGCUUGCUUCUGAAGCUAAGCAGGGUUUGUCUUGGUCAGUUCCUGGAUGGGAGACCAGAUUCUGCUGGAAGUGGUAUUGGAGGGCUAGUAGGAGGCACUCUUUCCUUUGGUCUGAAAAAAAGAUCCCAAUGCCCCAGGGCAGUGAUUGGGGACAUUGCCCUGUGUAGGGUGCCGUCUUUCGGAUGGGAUGUUAAACGGGUGUCCUGAAUCUCUGUGGCCAAUAAAGAUCCCAUUGAUGAUCAAUGCACCAUCAUGCCAGGUUAUUUAAUGCUCAAAAGUUAAAUUAAUUAAUAAGAUAUUUGGCUACAGAAGUGCCAUUUCUUACCGAUCUCUACAGCUUCCGUCCAAAAACAAAUCCUGUUAAAUGACGUUAACACAUACUGAAGGAGUUACUGGCUAGCUAAAGUGGCUAGCUUGGCUAACUAACUAGCUACGUCGGUCGCGGCACCCAUUACCAGAAUGACACAUCGAUGAACCACCAAAGGCACACCCCAUUUCUGUUCGAAAAUUGAGAAAGGAGCGGAAUUUGACCUUUUUUUGUGCCCAAAGUCGACCUUGAAUAUAAAGUGAAUAUAUGGUUUCUCUGUCUGUGUUUAGGACACGUACCGGCGCAGGCAGAUACAGAGAACAGGGACGCGGCAGAUGUCCUUUGACCUGAGCAAGCUGCUGGUGACAGAGGACUGGUUCAGUGACAUCAGCCCCCAGACCAUGAGGAGGCUGCUCAACAUCGUCUCUGUCACAGGUGGGUCACACACGCAGGCACAGUCAAACACAAACACACACAGAGUCAGGCAGGCAGGCAGACACACACACACUCAGUAGCUACCCCCAUGUUUGUCACUGGGUUUACUACAUAAACCACAAUUGACCAUCUAGAAAAUGAUUAAUGGACAGAUGAUUAUGAAUAAUGGAUUGUGGAGGAAAGACUGUUUGUUUUCUCCAGGAUGACUGGCACAAUGCUGUUCUGUCUGUAUACAGGUCGUCUGCUAAGGGCCAAUCAGAUCACGUUCAACUGGGACCGCCUGGCGUCGUGGAUCAACCUUACUGAGACGUGGCCCUACAGGACCUCCUGGCUCAUCCUGUUCUUGGAGGAGACCGACGGCAUCCCCGACCAGGCCGCCCUCAAGACCAUCUAUGAGAGGUAAUGUAGUCCCCUUAAAACUACACCCAAAACCAUCUAGGAAAGGUAGUGUACUGUAGUCCCCCUCUACCCACCUAACAUUAGGCCACCCUCAAGACCAUCUACCAGAGGUAGUGUACUGUAUGUCCCCAACCCCCUCUCUAAACUCCCAAAAAACUAAGAUCUUCUUGAAACAUUAUAGAACAUAGGAGCUGUUAAGUUGCAUGAGAGAGGGUUUUAUUUAAAUUGGAAAGAUCUGUCUGAAUGUGCAAUAAGGAUUUGUUUAAUUGGUUGAAUCAUCAUUGGAAUUGCGUCCAAUUGGUUGGAUUAUUGUAGUUGAAUUUCAAUUACUUGUCAGACAAAAGCUUAGUCACUGCAAAAUUACGUUGAGUGUUUUUUAUGUUUUUAAAGGGUGUUCCUGAAAAUAAAUAAUGAUGUAUAUUCCAUUCCCCUGAAUGAUUCAAAUGUCCUUCAUUGUCACUUCAAAUACUAUUGUAUGUCUGUCUUAUCAAUAAAGCUCACAGAAUUGUUAUAUAUAUUUUGUUGUUGUUGUAUUUUACCCCCCUUUUUUCUCCCAAUUACGAUCUUGUCUCAUUGCUGCAACUCCCCAACGGGCUCGGCGAAGGUCGGGUCAUGCGUCCUCCGAAACAUGACCCGCCAAACCGCGCUCCUUAACCAGCUGUGUCGGAGGAUACACCGGUCAACUGAAGUCAGCCUGCAGGCGCCCGCCACAAGGAGUCACUAGAGCGCGAUGAGCCAAGUAAAGCCCCCUUGGCCAAACCCUCCCGUAACCCAGACGACACUGGGCCAAUUUUGCGCCACCCUAUGGGACUCCCGGUCACGGCCGGUUGUGACACAGCCUGGGAUCGAACCCGGGUCUGUAGUGACGCCUCAAGCACUGCAAUGCAGUGCCUUAGACCGCUGCACCACUCAGGAGGCCAGAAUUGUAACCUCCUUCCCGUACCUAUAUUGCUGGGAUAAAGAUAUAUUUUAUGUUCUAUCUUUUUGUAUCUUAAGUAUUUUGUGGGUAAGCUACAUAAAAUUAUGCCAAACAAAAGAAGCAGCCUUUCAGUCUAGAAUAGCUAUAGCUCUUUCCUCAUCUGUUUUCAUAUGACUUCAAUCUUACCAACACGGGUUUGUAAUGGCUUUUUCAACGUUUAUCUCUGGUGUUUUUAGGAUCUCUAAAAACAUUCCCACCACUAAAGAUGUGGAGCCCCUGUUGGAGAUUGACGGGGAUGUGCGUAGCUUCGAGGUGUUCCUCUCCUCCCGUACCCCGGUCCUCAACUCGCGCGACAUGAAAACGUUCCUACCUUGCACUGUCAACCUCGACCCCAAACUACGAGAGAUCAUCGCAGGUGAGUAAGUCAUUGAGGUACUAUAUAGUUUGUAUCAGGUUUGUUUUCAGGGUAUUUCAGAUGUGUGCCUGUUCAUAAGUAAUAAAACUACUUUGCAACCGUACUUGUUAGUUGUUUUCCAACAUCUGAGUUUUCCAGAAACUCCGUUUUUUUUCUGUCUGCAUCCCUCUCUCUCUCCCAGACGUGCAUGCCGCAGGUGAAGGGGAGCAUAGCUAGCUGUGUCUGUGUGUCAAAUCAUUUAAGUUCUACACAAGUCAGUCCAAAACGUUUUGUAGAUAUGAUGUAGGCAACCUGAAUACAACAGUUGACUUUUGGAUGUAUUUCUGAAAGAGACUGAAGCAGUUAAAUCACUUUUUUUUACUACUUUUAAUGACAAAUGUAUCUUUGCCUGUCUGUCUCCCUCUUCUCACCCCCAAGACGUGCGUGCUGCCAGGGAGCAGAUGAGCAUCGGAGCGGUGACCUAUCCCAGCCUGCCCUUGCAGGAGGCCGCUCCCCGCCCCACCUCCGUCUACAGCCAGCAGUCAGGCAUGUCCGCCUGCUCCCCCUCCUUCAACGGGCCCUUCAACCCCCCAGGGGUGGUGUCCCCACCACCACACAGCAGCUACUACAGUGGCAUGGCUGGCCCCCAGCACCCCUUCUAUAACAGGGUGAGUGGAUAGGAAAGAACAUCCCCCAUGUCGCCAACAUCAUGGUCUCUUCCAUAUUGGACUCUGAGAAGGGCCUGGUUCCAAACAGAAAGCUUCACUUGUAGAUCGUCUGACUCAAGGCCUAUAUCGUGUCCAGUGUUUCUCCUAUAUUCAUUUAGCAGCAACGAACUGCUGCUGCUAAAUCGUUGCCAAAGUUCAUGUGGAAUAAUGGUGUCCCUCCGAAUCCUUCCGAUAGAGUUCCAGACACUUGUAGAAUCGCUCGUGGGGGCCCAACAUCCUAUUAAGACACUUUAUGUUGGUUUUUCUUUUAUUUUGGAAGUUACGUGUAUGUGUACGCUAAAAGGCAGUAACAUUACGCUAGCUAAAUAAUGUUUGGGGUUAAUAUAGAAUUGGCUGGUGAUGUCAUUGACAUCAAGAGAUACAAUUGAACUGUCCUUGAUUUUCAGAUGAGUUUCAAAGGAAGAGAACAUAAUUCAACUUUCAUGCAUUUUGGAGUAGAAUGUCCUGUAGCCCUUUACACUCGUACCCAUAUAUGGGUUGAAAAUGGCAGAUUUGGGCACUGAUAAGUAGGGCCCUAUAAAAUCAGCUGUUUUUUUGCUUGAUUCCGUUUAGUUAUUCCAAAAUAAUAUUUUCUCAGUUUUGUUUUUCCAGGUUUCCGUUUACCCCUGUUUAUUACGCUUUUCACUCUCUUUUUUGGGAGGGAUGUUCUAAGUCCACAAAAAUGCUUAAACCACACCAGAAGACCACUUUUGAGGUCUGGGAGAAAUUCUAGAAUUUUGGGUGUAGUUUCCCUUUAAUUCCAGUGCCACCUAGCAAGAGGCUGUUUAUCUGUGUUUUUGUAGCGCACAUGUGAUGGUAGUGUUUGCAAAGAAAAUACCCACUGGAUUGAUGCAAAUAAUCAUGAUAUCAUUCUGCCAUGUAAGGCUACUUUGUAGUUAACAUUUAAUUGAGAAGGUUUUUUGGGAAAGCCUUUCCAUCUACCAGAAGACUUGUCAUUAGCAUCAUCGCUAUAGGCUACACAAAGUGGUAGAUGUGCGCACCACACAAACAGGGAAUUCUUGUUGCCUCUUCAGAGAGUUGCAGGAAAUACGAAUCACUGAUGCAUUCUGUUCAUGUCUUAUGAUAAACCUGGUCAAAUUAAUUCAUUUUCAAUACAUUUAGUUUGUUCCCUACAAUACAAUUUUGAAUAUUGUUGAAUUCAUUUUAAUGUCUGGAUCAAAUCAAAUCAAAUCAAAAAAAAAUAUUGGCCACAUGCGCCGAAUACAACCGGUGUAGACAUUACAGUGAAAUGCUUACUUACAGCCCUUAACCAACAGUGCAUAUUUUAUACAAAAGUAAAAUAAAACAACAACAGUAGGGAGGCUAUAUAUACAGGGGGGUACCGGUGCAGAGUCAAUGUGCGGGAGUUGAGGUAGUUUAAGUAAUAUGUACAUGUGGGUAGAGUGACUAUGCAUAAAUAAUUAACAGAGUAGCAGCAGCGUAAAAAGAUGGGGUGUGGGGUGGGGGUGGGGGGGCAGUGCAAAUAGUCCGGGUAGCCAUGAUUAGCUGUUCAGGAUUCUUAUGGCUUCGGGGUAGAAGCUGUUGAGAAGUCUUUUGGAUCUAGAUUUGGCACUCCGGUACCGCUUGCCGUGCGGUAGCAGAGAGAACAGUCAAUGACUAGGGUGGCUGGAGUCUUUGACAAUUGUGAGGGCCUUCCUCUGACACGGCCUGGUAUAGAGGUCCUGGAUGGCAGGAAGCUUGGCCCCAGUGAUGUACUGGGCCGUACGCACUACCCUCUGUAGUGCCUUGCGGUCGGAGGCCGAGCAGUUGCCAUGCCAGGCGUUGAUGCAACCAGUCAGGAUGCUCUCGAUGGUGCAGCUGUAUAAUUUUUCGAGGAUCUGAGGACCCAUGCCAAAUCUUUUCAGUCUCCUGAGGGGGAAUAGGCUUUGUCGUGCCCUCUUCACGACUGUCUUGGUGUGUUUGGACCAUGAUAGUUCGUUGGUGAUGUGGACACCAAGGAACUUGAAGCUCUCAACCUGUUCCACUACAGCACUGUCGAUGAGAAUGGGGGCGUGCUCAGUCCUCUUUUUUUUCCUGUAGUCCACAAUCAUCUCCUUUGUCUUGGUCACGUUGAGGGAGAGGUUGUUAUCCUGGCACCACACGGCCAGGUCUCUGACCUCCUCCCUAUAGGUUGUCUCAUCGUUGUCGGUGAUCAGGCCUACCACUGUUGUGUCGUCGGCAAACUUAAUGAUGGUGUUGGAGUCGUGCCUGGCCAUGCAGUCAUGGGUGAACAGGGAGUACAGGAGGGGACUGAGCACGCACCCCUGAGGGGCCCCCAUGUUGAGGAUCAGUUUGGCAGAUGUGUUGUUACCUACCCUUACCACCUGGGGGCGGCCCGUCAGGAAGUCCAGGAUCCAGUUGCAGAGGGAGGUGUUUAGUCCCAGGAUCCUUAGCUUAGUGAUGAGCUUUGAGGGUACUAUGGUGUUGAAUGCUGAGCUGUAGUCAAUGAAUAACAUUCUCACGUAGGUGUUCCUCUUGUCCAGGUGGGAAAGGCAGUGUGGAGUGCAAUAGAGAUUGCAUCAUCUGUGGAUCUGUUGGGGCGGUAUGCAAAUUGGAGUGGGUCUAGGGUUUCUGGGAUAAUGGUGUUGAUGUUGAACAUUAUUCUGUCCGCAUUCUCUGCAUCACGGAAUUUAUAGGGCCCUAGAUAAGCGCCUAAAUUGGAACGCAGUGGCUGUACAUGUUACAGCCUAUAUUUGACUGACAGCCGUUCUGAACAUGAGCACCGCACCUGAUAAGAAGUUGCCCCCAAUUGGGCAACUUUUGCAAAUGUUUUGUUGUCUGAGUGAGGGAAAUGCUGUAAAUUAAGAGGACUCGUGAUUUUCCCACCAACCUUCCAAUCAUUUUUAUGUUAUCGUCCCCCUUUUCACAUUGUGGUACACUUUUGGUAUAUCAUUUGCAGAGCUCUUGUUAUUUAUAGUUUUGUAAUGUUUCAGUUAUCCCAUUUAAGUUCAAGGCUCUGUAAUGUAACAUGAUGAGGUGUUUGUACUGUAUGGGAUCUCUUGUGUGUCCAUACGUACAGUGUCUUCAGAAAGUAUUCAUACCCCUUCCAUUUUUCCCCUCACCCAUCUACACACAAUACCCCAUAAUGACAAAGUGAAAACAGGUUUUUAGAAAUGUUUACAAAUAUAUUGAAAAUGAAAUACAGAAAUACCCCUGAGUCAAUACAUGUUAGAAUCACCUUUGGCAGCGAUUACAGCUGUGAGUCUUUCUGGGUAAGUCUAAGAGCUUUGCACACCUGGAUUGUACCAUAUUAGCACGUUAUUAUUUUUUACAAUUCUUCAAGCUCUGUCUAGUUGGUCGUUGAGCAUUGCUAGACAGCCAUUUUCAAGUCUUGCCAUAGAUUUCAGAGCCGAUUUAAGUCCAAACUGUAACUAGGCCAGGAAUAUAUAUUUGGUCUUGUGUUUUAGGUUUGUCCUGUUGAAUGGUGAAUUUGUCUCCCAGUGUCUGUUGGAAAGCAGACUGAACCAGGUUUCCUAUAUGAUUUUGCCUGUGCUUAGCUCUAUUCCGUUUCUAUUUAUCCUAAAAAAAACUCCCUAGUCCUUGCUGAUGACAAGCAUACCCGUAACAUGCAGCCACCACCGUGCUUGAAAAGAGUGGUACUCAGUUAUGUGUUGUGUUGGAUUACCCCAAACAUAAAGCUUUGUAUUCAGGACAUAAAGUUAAUUUUACUACAUUUCUUGCAGUUUUACUUUAGUGCCUUAAUGCAAACAGGAUGCAUGUUUUGGAAUAGUUUUAUUCUGUACAGGCUUACUUAUUUUCACUCUUGUCAAUUAGGUUAGUAUUGUGGAUUAACUACAAUGAUGUUGAUCCAUCCUCAGUUUUCUCCAAUCACAGCCAUUAAACACAUUGGCCUCAUGGUGAAUUCCCAGAGUGGUUUCCUUUCUCUCUGGCAACUGAGUUCGAAAGGACGCCUGUAUCUUUGUAGUGACUGGGUGUAUUGAUACAACAUCCAAAGUGUAAUUAAUAACUUCACCAUGCUCAUAGGGAUAUUCAAUGUCUGCUUUUAAAUUUUUACCCAUCUACCAAUAGGUGCCCUUCCUUGCGAGGUAUUGGAAAACCUCCCUGGUCUUUGAGGUUGAACCUGUGUUUGAAAUUCACUGCUCAACUGAGGGACCUUACAUAUCAUUUGUAUGUGUGGGGUACAGAAAUGUGGUAGUCAUAAAAAAAUUAUUGCAUGUGACUUGUUAAGACAUUUUUACUCCUGAACUUAUUUAGGCUUGCCAUAACAAAGGGGUUGAAUACUUUUUGACUCUAGACAUUUCAGCUUUUGAUUUAGUUAUUAAUUUGAAAAAAAUAUUAAAAACAUAAUUCAACUUUGACAUUGUGGGGUAUUGUGUGUAGGCCCAAAAUGCAGGUUGUAAAACAACAAAAUGUAGAAAAGGUCAAGGGGUGUGAAUACUUUCUGAAGGCACUACAUGCAUACAUACAAUGCAUUUGGAAAGUAGUCAGACCCCUUGACUUUUUCCAAAUAUUUUACGUUACAGCCUUAUUCUAAAAUUGAUUAAAUUGCUUUUUUCCCCUCAUCAUCUACACACAAUACCCCAUAAUGACAAACAGUUAUAAUUUUUUUUGCAAAUGUAUUGCAAAAAGAAAAAAGAAAUAUUACAUUUACAUAAGUAUUCAGACCCUUUACUCAGUACUUUGUUGAAGCACCUAUGGCAGCGAUUACAGCCUCGAGUCUUCUUGGGUAUGACGCUACAAGCAUGGCACACCUGUAUUUGGGGAGCUUCUCCCAUUCUUCUCGGCAGAUCCUCUCAAGCUCUGUCAGGUUGGAUGGGGAGCGUCGCUGCACAGCUAUUUUCAGGUCUUUCCAGAGAUGUUCGAUCGGUUUCAAGUCUGGGCUCUGGCUGGAGGGUUUUCCCAUCUCCACAGAGGAACUCUGAAGCUCUGUCAGAGUGACCAUCGGGUUCUUGGUCACCUCCCUGUCCAAGGUCCUUCUCCCCCGAUUGCUCAGUUUGGCCGGGUGGCCAGCUGUAGGAAGAGUCUUGGUGGUUCCAAACUUCUUCCAUUUAAGAAUGAUGGAGGCCACUGUGUUCUUGGGGACCUUCAAUGCUGUCUCGGAGUUCUACGGACAAUUCCUUCGACGUCAUGGCUUGGUUUUUGCUCUGACAUGCACUGUCAACCUUAUAAAGACAGGUGUGUGCCAUUCCAAAUCAUGUCCGAUCAAUUGAAUUUACCACAGGUGGACUCCAAUCAAGUUGUAGAAACAUCUCAAUGGAAAUAGGAUGCACCUGAGCUCAAUUUCGAGUCUCAUAGCAAAGGGUCUGAAUACUUAUUUAAAUAAGGUAAAAACCUGUUUUCGAUUUGUCAUUAUGGGGUAUUGUGUGUAGAUUUAUGAGGAUUUAUUUUUAUUUAAUCAAUUUUAGAAUAAGGCUGUAACGUAACAAAAUUUGGAAAUAGUCAAGGGGUCUGAAUACUUUCUGAAUCCAUACAUACAGUGUAUUUUACUUGCUGUGAAUGUAUUGAAUUUGCCUGUCAUCAUUCUAUUUGCCUCAGUCUGUAUCUCAUAAUAGCUCAUCAUCAGACACCUCUUUGUUACAUUGGUUUUAUAUAUAAGUGUUGUUUUUAUUUUAUUUUACCCCAUGUUAAACGUGUUUUCUUUCUCCCUGGUAUUGCUGUCCCUCCAGCCAUAUUUCCCCCAUCAUGUUUACCAGCUGCCACGCCAGUACGUGGGCAGUUUCCCUGUUCAUGCACCUCCACCACGUCCAUUCCCACUUAAAUGUGGCUUUCCCCGGGAUCCGAGCAGUGGACACGUAAGUAUUAGACCUAGCCAGUACGUCGUAGUGCAUAGAUAGAAGUAGUGCACCUAGAAUGGCAUCUCUGGAUGUAUAACCAAGUCAAUUUAAUUAGCUUCUACAUGCUUGUUUGAACCUUUCUGAUUCAGAGUGUUUAAACAUCAGAACAUUCUGAUCGGAUUCUAAAUUUCACAUUUUAGUCAUUUAGCAGACGCUCUUAUCCAGAGCGACUUACAGUUAGUGCAUUCAUCUUAAGAUAGCUAGGUGAGACGACAACAUAUCACAGUCGUAGUAAGUAAAUUUUUCCUCAAUAAGGAAGUUAUGAACAAAGUCAGUGCUAGUAGAUUCUAACAGAGAAGUUCAUUUCACAAGAAACACAUCCCUCCCUCUAUUACAAAAACAUGCUGCCUUCUGCUCUCUUUCUUCAUCAUACACCCCCCCCCCCGAAACACAAUGACCCUGCUAACUCAGCAUCAAACUGUCCUAAAAACCACUGAACCCUGCAGAUACAGUGGGGGAAAAAAGUAUUUAGUCAGCCACCAUUUGUGCAAGUUCUCCCACUUAAAAAGAUGAGAGAGGCCUGUAAUUUUCAUCAUAGGUACAUGUCAACUAUGACAGACAAAUUGAGGAAAAAAAAUCCAGAAAAUCACAUUGUAGGAUUUUUAAUGAAUUUAUUUGCAAAUUAUGGUGGAAAAUAAGUAUUUGGUCACCUACAAACAAGCAAGAUUUCUGGCUCUCACAGACCUGUAACUUCUUCUUUAAGAGGCUCCUCUGUCCUCCACUCGUUACCUGUAUUAAUGGCACCUGUUUGAACUUGUUAUCAGUAUAAAAGACACCUGUCCACAACCUCAAACAGUCACACUCCAAACUCCACUAUGGCCAAGACCAAAGAGCUGUCAAAGGACACCAGAAACAAAAUUGUAGACCUGCACCAGGCUGGGAAGACUGAAUCUGCAAUAGGUAAGCAGCUUGGUUUGAAGAAAUCAACUGUGGGAGCAAUUAUUAGGAAAUGGAAGACAUAAAAGACCACUGAUAAUCUCCCUCGAUCUGGGGCUCCACGCAAGAUCUCACCCCGUGGGGUCAAAAUGAUCACAAGAACGGUGAGCAAAAAUCCCAGAACCACACGGGGGACCUAGUGAAUGACCUGCAGAGAGCUGGGACCAAAGUAACAAAGCCUACCAUCAGUAACACACUACGCCGCCAGGGACUCAAAUCCUGCAGUGCGAGACGUGUCCCCCUGCUUAAGCCAGUACAUGUCCAGGCCCGUCUGAAGUUUGCUAGAGUGCAUUUGGAUGAUCCAGAAGAGGAUUGGGAGAAUGUCAUAUGGUCAGAUGAAACUUUUUGGUAAAAACUCAACUCGUCGUGUUUGGAGGACAAAGAAUGCUGAGUUGCAUCCAAAGAACACCAUACCUACUGUGAAGCAUGGGGGUGUAAACAUCAUGCUUUGGGGCUGUUUUUCUGCAAAGGGACCAGGACGACUGAUCCGUGUAAAGGAAAGAAUGAAUGGGACCAUGUAUCGUGAGAUUUUGAGUGAAAACCUCCUUCCAUCAGCAAGGGCAUUGAAGAUGAAACGUGGCUGGGUCUUUCAGCAUGACAAUGAUCCCAAACAAACCGCCCGGUCAACGAAGGAGUGGCUUCGUAAGAAGCAUUUCAAGGUCCUGGAGUGGCCUAGCCAGUCUCCAGAUCUCAACCCCAUAGAACAUCUUUGGAGGGAGUUGAAAGUCCGUGUUGCCCAGCGACAGCCCCAAAACAUCACUGCUCUAGAGGAGAUCUGCAUGGAGGAAUGGGCCAAAAUACCAGCAACAGUGUGUGAAAACCUUGUGAAGACUUACAGAAAAUGUUUGACCUGUGUCAUUGCCAACAAAGGGUAUAUAACAAAGUAUUGAGAAACUUUUGUUAUUGACCAAAUACUUAUUUUCCACCAUAAUUUGCAAAUAAAUUCAUAAAAAAUCCUACAAUGUGAUUUUCUGGAUUUUUUUUUCUCAUUUUGUCUGUCAUAGUUGACGUGUACCUAUGAUGAAAAUUACAGGCCUCUCUCAUCUUUUUAAAUGGGAGAACUUGCACAAUUGGUGGCUGACUAAAUACUUUUUUUCCCCACUGUAUCAAACACAUUUUCAGAUAUCAAACACAUUUUUCUCAUCCUCACGAUGAAGGCAUGCCCCCUCUCUCUCUCUCUCCACUUUCUCCACUAUCUUUCUUUGUCUUUCUAUCUCUCUCCACUUUCUCGCUCCACUCUCUUUAUUUUUUUUAUUUUUUAUUUUUUAUGUCUUUCUUUCUCUCUCUCAUUCACUCUCUCUCUCUAUUUCCUGUCUUGAAGAUAUGUCUGACUCUCUAAUGUUUUUUCUCCUCUACAACGAUGAUGUUGUCAUCUGUAUGUCUUCCUAAUGUUCUCUCCCCACAUCCCUCCCUGAUGAAGACCUGCUGUAUGCCACUCCCUCCUCACCUUUCCCUCUGUCUCUUUCCACCUCUCAUUCUCUCUCUUCCUCUCCAAGCAGUUUAAGGUACCGUCUUUGAAAAAGAAGCAGGUACUGAAACCCUCUGAUUUUGUCCCUAACUCCGACUUUUUACUCCCUUCGCUAAUGCUGCCCUCCUACUCCCUAGACCGACAAACUAACCCCUUUCGGAAGUGAUCUGACCCCUGACCACUUAUCCUAGCAUGCACCUUUGGAACUCUAGCCCACUCUCUCAAAUGGGAACCGGGAGUUACAGGCGUGCUACACUGGACGAGUAACGUUUGCAGAGCGCGAGACGCUCCCAUUCAUGUCAAUGAAACCUGGGUGUAAGCGGCGCGGCUCUGCGAGAAGCUUGUGUUGCUUCGGCGUAAAAUUACGCUCUGGUUCUACUUUCAAGAAUUUGACCUGCCGCUCACUCCCAAGAACACUUGAUAAAGUGUCUCGCGUUCUUCUCACGCCUGCAAAAGCUACACUUCCAGUGUAGCAGCUAAAAACCAACUGUUUUUGCGACGCUCUAGCUCCCUUGUUAGGAUACUAACUGAUGUACAUUAAAUUACAGAUUAAGUAUUAUCACAAGCACAUACAGUGGCUUGCGAAAGUAUUCACCCCCCUUGGCGUUUUUUUCCUAUUUUGUUGCCUUACAACCUGGAAUUAAAUUAGAUUUUGGGGGGGUUUGUAUCAUUUGAUUUACACAACAUGCCUACCGCUUUGAGAUGCAAAAUAUUUUUUAUUGUGAAACAAACAAGAAAUAAGACAAAAAAACAGAACUUGAGCGUGCAUAACUAUUCACCCCCUCAAAGUAAAUACUUUGUAGAGCCACCUUUUGCAGCAAUUACAGCUGCAAGUCUCUUGGGGUAUGUCUCUAUAAGCUUGGCACAUCUAGCCACUGGGAUUUUUGCCCAUUCUUCAAGGCAAAACUGCUCCAGCUCCUUCAAGUUGGAUGGGUUCCGCUGGUGUACAGCAAUCUUUAAGUCAUACCACAGAUUCUCAAUUGGAUUGAGGUCUGGGCUUUGACUAGGCCAUUCCAAGACAUUUAAAUGUUUCUCUUUAAACCACUCGAGUGUUGCUUUAGCAGUAUGCUUAGGGUCAUUGUCCUGCUGGAAGGUGAACCUCCAUCCCAGUCUCAAAUCUCUGGAAGACUGAAACAGGUUUCCCUCAAGAAUUUCCCUGUAUUUAGCGCCAUCCAUUAUUCCUUCAAUUCUGACCAGUUUCCCAGUCCCUGCCGAUGAAAAACAUCCCCACAGCAUGAUGCUGCCACCACCAUGCUUCACAGUGGGGAUGGUGUUCUCGGGGUGAUGAGAGGUGUUGGGUUUGCGCCAGACAUAGCGUUUUCCUUGAUGGCCAAAAAGCUCAAUUUUAGUCUCAUCUGACCAGAGUACCUUCUUCCAUAUGUUUGGGGAGUCUCCCACAUGGCGAACACCAAACGUGUUUGCUUAUUUUUUUCUUUAAGCAAUGGCUUUUUUCUGGCCACUCUUCCGUAAAGCCCAGUUCUGUGGAGUGUACGGCUUAAAGUGGUCCUAUGGACAGAUACUCCAAUCUCCGCUGUGGAGCUUUGCAGCUCCUUCAGGGUUAUCUUUGGUCUCUUUGUUGCCUCUCUGUUUAAUGCCCUCCUUGCCUGGUCCGUGAGUUUUGGUGGGCGGCCCUCUCUUGGCAGGUUUGUUGUGGUGCCAUAUUCUUUCAGUUUUUUUUAUAAUGGAUUUAAUGGUGCUCCGUGGGAUGUUCAAAGUUUCUGAUAUGUUUUUAUAACCCAACCCUGAUCUGUACUUCUCCACAACUUUGUCCCUGACCUGUUUGGAGAGCUCCUUGGUCUUCAUGGUGCCGCUUGCUUAGGGGUGCCCCUUGCUUAGUGGUGUUGCAGACUCUGGGGCCUUUCAGAACAGGUGUAUAUAUACUAGACCAUGUGACAGAUCAUGUGACACUUAGAUUGCACACAGGUGGACUUUAUUUAACUAAUUAUAUGACUUCUGAAGGUAAUUGGUUGCACCAGAUCUUAUUUAGGGGCUUCAUAGCAAAGGGGGUGAAUACAUAUGCACGCACCACUUUUACGUUAUUUAUUUAUUAUUGCAUUUUUUGAAAUAAGUUAUUUUUUUCAUUUCACUUCACCAAUUUGGACUAUUUUGUGUAUGUCCAUUACAUGGAAUCCAAAUAAAAAUCCAUUUAAAUUACAGGUUGUAAUGUAACAAAAUAGGAAAAAUGCCAAGGGGGAUGAAUACUUUUGCAAGGCACUGUAGAUACUGAACACUACAAGGCCGCUGACUAGUGAAAUCUUUGAUCUGCUCAUAGUGCCUCUGUCUUUAAUAUUGCAAUACUGCUGAAGACCUAUUUACAAUUACACGUUUUGUAACCUUGUAAGAUACAUUGUAGAUUUGUAACACGUUUGAUUUAGUCAUUUGUACAGUCUCUAUAAGCAUUUCAAACAUUUGCUUUUGUCUGGCUCUUCUAGCUAAACUCCUCUCCUUACCACAAACCCUCACACACUCCCACCUCUCCCACCUCAUCAAAAUGGACAUGUCCUAUGAAGACAGCCCUUCUACUCAGAGUCAGUGCCGUUUCCUGUGGUUUCGUAAAGACCUGAAACUAACCUGUUUGAAUAAAUAAUAAUCAUGCACCAUGUAUUGCUGUGUGCAUUUUAUCCAUACUAGCAUCAAAGCUAUCUAGCACUAGAUGUGUAUCACUUACCAGUAAUAUUUUCUCCAUUCAUCUGAGGUGAGGUGUGUGGUGUCAUAUCUAACUCAUAGAAAUAUAAUCACUAGAACGGACAUCCUCAUUCAAGUCAAUUCAAUGGUCUGAGGGGAUAUCCGUUAUAGUGAUUCUAUUUCUAUGAUCUAACUCUUGUGUUAGUGAGUAGCCUAGUAGUAGUAAUACAUUAGAGAUAACAGGAAGCGAUGUAAUUUCCUCCUCACAGAUUACAUCCAAGGUGUUUUACCAUACAGUGUUCUCUAAUACACUCACUGACAACGUUUGGUCUGGGCCUAAUGCCGUGACAACCUCUUAACCGGUGGUCUACAUCCCAUUGCCAUACUGUACUCACCCUAGGAUAGCGCCACUCUCAUCAACAACCCAUUAUAGAUAAGAUCAUAUUAUAUUUCUCUCAUACUGUACCUACUGAGGGUUUAUGUAACCUAUGUUCUCUUCAUGUUGCUUUCCCCUAUACUGUGCCUUUACCUUUGCAGGUUUGAACGGUGUUUCGGCAUGGAACUCUGUUUUAUUUAAUUCUAUGUUAUUCCAUUUUUACUCAGACUGGCAGAGCGUACUACAAUAUAGUGAAAUACAUGAUAACUUGAAAAGGGAGAAAAUGUAUUCGGAUUUCUGACGUCCAUCAAAUAGCUAUUAACCCAGGUUUUGUCUUUCAGCUGUAUCCUGUCAUUAACGGUGUGUUCUGGGCCUGGUUGUGUGUAUUGUGUGUGUGUCAGGGUUCUGCCUCUGUGGUGUCGGGCACCCCGGUCAUCCUCCUGAGCUCCAUGAACACAGACGCAGUGUGUGAGCGCGUCAAACAGAUCGAGGGCAUCGACCAGAGCAUGCUGGCCCAGUACACCGCCACCAUCAAGAAGGUGAGCUUUAGAGAGAGAGAGAGCGAGAGAGUGUGUUUCUGACAUCCCCCCAUUAACCAUCUCUCCAUUGCAUCUCUCUCUCAGGCUAAUGUGAACGGCAGAGUUCUGACCCAGUGCAACAUCGAUGAACUGAAGAAUGAGAUGAAAAUGAACUUUGGAGAUUGGCAGCUCUUCAGAGGAACGGUAAGUACUUUGGCCCUAACUUUGCUCUUACCUGUUUCUUUUUAUUGUGUAGUGUAUUUACCAUCAGCUUUAACAGUGGACACUGCUGUUACAGUAUGGGUCUUAACUCGGUAGGGUGUCUACCCACUCUGCCCAAAAUGUUAUUUUGUGAUGAAAUUUCACUUCCUUAUGUUAUAAAAUACAUUUUACUAAGACAAAUAUUAUUAUUCAUGUUCUGAAUCGUUCAGUGGGGUCUUUCUUUAACAUAUCAUUAACAUUAUAUCCAAAAAGUCAGAUUUCGUACCUAAUACAUCCUAUAAUAAGCAUAGCGGUGCAUGUUUCUCGUAACAACUUUUGUAAAUGUUGUGGUCGUCGUCUUCAAAGUUGUUUCCGCGGGUCGCAAAACGCAAAAUUAGCAUGACACGAGCUGAAUUAAAUGUAAAAGGGUUUGAAAAUAAAAAGCUUGAUGUAGGAUCUUAAUUUGAGCCAGUUUGCUACAGCAGGAACAUAAUCCUGCAGCAACAGGAAAUUUGAAUUAUUAUGUGGAUUAUAAUUAAUUGAAUAUUUUUUGUUGGGGUUAAUACAUUAGGGCAAAUCAAGUCUGACAUUUUUAAAGUGGAAAUUACAAACUUUAGAAGCCUUUUUAAACCUCGAAUACAGUACAAGUUUGCAUUUACGGCUGCAGGAAAAUUCUCAGCAACAGAAGAGAGAUAAAAUUAAGAUCCUGCUCCAUUGACAUUUCACAGAGAUACGCUUGUUUUUGUGAGAAAUAUUUGAAAAAGAACAGGAAUUUCAAUUUACGUAUGAAAAGCAUAUACUAAAAUAUAAAAAUAGUACAUGUCAUGUCUCAAAAUCAAAUCCAUCUUACCUCUAUAUUGUUUAAUGUCCUGCGAGUCGAGAAAAAAAGAUAAUGAGUUCAAUGGGAAAGUGAGCCUGUCAGGUAGCCAGUAGCCUUAAUUCUUGCACAGAAUCCAGCCUAGCUAACGUGAUGCAUUUUUCCAGAUCCUUGACCACUUUUAUUCUCUGGCCAUCCUACAAGGGUAAAAACUCCAAUAACUUUUGAACGGAUUACGAUAGAGACAUGAGGUUUGGUACCAUUGGUUUUCUUAAAGGAUUAUCUACACAAUUAAUUUGACCCAUUGGUCAAAAUAUGUGUUUUUGAUUGGACAGUUGUCUCAUCUUCUUCUUCUUCUUCUAGGUGUUGGAGAUGCGUCACGUGGAGAGCCAUGGGCUUCAUGAGGAGGCUCCCAGCGAAGUGGGCAGCAGUGUGGCGGGCCAUGGGGAACCGAGGCGCCAGGUCGCCCCGCCCCACGCUGGCGCCGCCAGCCUCGACGCCAACUCACCCAUGUACAGCUUCAACCUGAGCUUUGAGGAGCUAAGCAACGUGGGACUGGAUGAGCCUCCCAGGCACAGCAACAACACAUGGAUGGUGAGUGACUGGUGGUAUUUUCCAUUGUAGAGAGGUCUAUAUUCCAUCAUUAUAUUACGUUGACAGAAAGACUGGAAUUGAAUAGCUACAGUUGAAAGUCGGAAGUUUACAUACACUUAGGUUGGAGUCAUUAAAACUCGUUUUUCAACCACUCCACAAAUUUCUUGUUAACAAACUAUAGUUUUGGCAAGUCGGUUAGGACAUCUACUUUGUGCAUGACACAAGUAAUUUUUCCAACAAUUGUUUACAGACAGAUUAUUUCACUUAUAAUUCACUGUAUCACAAUUCCAGUGGGUCAGAAGUUUACAUACACUAAAUUGAUUGUGCCUUUAAACAGCUUGGAAAAUUCCAGAAAAUGAUAUCAUGGCUUUAGAAGCUUCUGAUAAGCUAAUUGACAUAAUUUGAGUCAAUUGGAGGUGUACCUGUGGAUGUAUUUCAAGGCCUACCUUCAAACUCAGUGCCUCUUUGCUUGACAUCAUGGGAAAAUCAAAAGAAAUCAGCCAAGACCUCAGAAAAGAAAUUAUAGACCUCCACAUGUCUGGUUCAUCCUUGGGAGCAAUUUCCAAACGCCUGAAGGUACCACGUUCAUCUGUACAAACAAUAGUACGCAAGUAUAAACACCAUGGAACCACGCAGCCGUCAUACCGCUCAGGAAGGAGACGCGUUCUGUCUCCUAGAGAUGAACGUACUUUGGUGCAAAAGUGCAAAUCAAUCCCAGAACAACAGCAAAUUACCUUGUGAAGAUGCUGGAGGAAACAGGUACAAAAGUAUCUAUAUCCACAGUAAAACAAGUCCUAUAUCGACAUAACCUGAAAGGCCGCUCAGCAAGGAAGAAGCCACUGCUCCAAAACCGCCAUAAAAAAGCCAGACUACGGUUUGCAACUGCACAUGGGGACAAAGAUCAUACUUUUUGGAGAAAUGUCCUCUGGUCUGAUGAAACAAAAAUAGAACUGUUCGGCCAUAAUGACCAUCGUUAUGUUUGGAGGAAAAAGGGGUUGGCUUACAAGCCGAAGAACACCAUCCCAACCGUGAAACACGGGGGUGGCAGCAUCAUGCUGUGGGGGUGCUUUGCUGCAGGAGGGACUGGUGCACUUCACAAAAUAGAUGGCAUCAUGAUGAAGGAAAAUUAUGUGGAUAUAUUGAAGCAAAAUCUCAAGACAUCAGUCAGGAAGUCAAAGCUAGGUCGCAAAUGGGUCUUCCAAAUGGACAAUGAACCCAAAGUUGUGGCAAAAUGGCUUAAGGACAACAAAGUCAAGGUAUUGGAGUGGCCAUCACAAAGCCCUGACCUCAAUCCUAUAGAAAAUGUGUGGGCAGAACUGAAAAGGCGUGUGCGAGCAAGGAGGCCUACAAAACUGACUCAGUUACACCAGCUCUGUCAAGAGGAAUGGAGGAAUGGGAGGAAUGGGCCAAAAUUCACCCAACGUAUUGUGGGAAGCUUGUGGAAGGCUACCAGAAACGUUUGACCCAAGUUAAACAAUUUAAAGGCAAUGCUACCAAAUACUAAUUGAGUGUAUGUAAACUUCUGACCCACUGGGAAUGUGAUGAAAGAAAUAAAAGCUGAAAUAAAUCAUUCUCUCUACUAUUAUUCUGACAUUUCAAAUUCUUAAAAAAAAGUGGUGAUCCUAACUGACCUAAGACAGGGAAUUUUUACUAGGAUUAAAUGUCAGGAAUUGUGAAAAACUGAGUUUAAAUAUAUUUGGCUAAGGUGUAUGUAAACUUCCGACUUCAACUGUAUAUGUAUAUGUACAGAACCAUGAUUUAAGCCAUUGACCUGUAUGUAAACCAAAUUAUAGCACAUUUGCCUUCAUGUACAGUAUACUUAGACCACAGAUCUAGGCCCUCCUCAGUCUUUCAAUGUCUUACUCUAUUAAAUGUAAUGUUCCAUGUCCUCCCCUCUCCCCAGGCCCCGACCCACCGUACCCCCAGCAUGUCCAGCCUCAACUCCCAGGAGUCGUCCAACGACAUCGUCAAGCUGACGGAAAAGCAGCAAUCCGAGUACCGCAACGCCUACCAGGAGUACAUCGCCCAGAUGGCCACACUGGAGGUGGGAGGAGGCGGGGGAGAGAAGCCCAUCCAGCCACACCCCAACCAGUUCAUGACAUCCUCCAGCUCCGAGGACAAGACCAAGGACAAGGCUACCGCCAAGAGGAGCACCACCAAGCCCCCCGCUGUAGACGCCCCAGACUUCACCACCGCCGAAGCCCCCCUGGACCCCAUCACAGAGGAAGAUGAGAAGCAGGACCCCCAUGGCUCCUCCAAAACCCUGCUGGGCCGCAAGGCCUCCGGGUCCAGCGACAGGGGGAGCGGCCUGUUUCAGGGAGCCGCCGACCUCAAGAUGAAGGCCGCCGGCGGGCUGCGCUACCAGAAGCUGACCAGCGACGACGAGGAUUCAGAGAACUCCGACACUCCUCUCCUGGGCGACGGGAAGAAGCCUGGUGAAACCAAAGCAUCCUCCUGCAGCAGCUCCCUGGCCCUGGCUAAGGGGAAAGAAUAUCUCUCCGAUGCCAUGCUGGAUAAGAAGGAUUCGUCGGACUCUGGCAUGCGCUCCAAUGAGAGCUCCCCCAACCACUCCCUGCAGGAUGAGGAGGCCGACCUUUCCCAGCUGGAGAGGGCCAACCUGAUUGACCUGGACCAGGAGGAGACCCAGAGCCUGGCAGCCAGGAAGAGGGGUCUGCCCAGCAGCCUGAGUGGUCUCCAGGACCCGGCCGUGGCCCGCAUGUCCAUCUGCUCCGAGGACCAGUGCAGCCUGCUGGCCAGCAGCCCCGAAGAGAGCUGGCCCUCGUCCAAGAGCUACAACCUCAACCGCAUGCCCAGCAACACCACCCUCAACAACAACACCAACACCCAGCAGCAGGGGAACCAGCAGCAGCGUUGCCCAGGGCAGAGUGCUCUGGUGGAGUCCACUGACACUACCUGCUCCACCCCUACCUCCUCCUCCACCAGCGAGGUCAUCGUCUCCCCGGGUUCCGGCACCACCAAGCCCGGGCCGCACAACGAGAACGUGCGUGUGGUGCACCUGAAGCGGGGGCUGAACCUCGGGGAUCCCCCAGAGAUCACCACCGUGUCCUCCGACACCGUCACCUUUGGAGAGGAGCGCGAGAGCAUCCUGUGAGCCUCCCCGCCCACGACGUACCCAGUAGGGAGACCCCUGGAGAGCACUCAGUCAGUAGAUCUUUAGUGUGGUAGUCUGGCAACGCAUGAGUAGCAAGGUACCGUAGCUAGCUAAAUGGGUAGAUAGAUGAAGACGUUAGUGCUAGAUGUUCCUAGGUGUGUACUACGUAGAUAGCCUCGUUAAACCGGCCUGAUCUCGCAUGCUCACAUUCUGUUUUACUUUAGCGAAACAAAACGAGAGCGCAACGGUCGGUCUGGUUUCACAAGGCUGCUAUGUACUGUAGAGGCAGCUCACUGAUGUUGUACUGUGUAUUUUUAUGAUCUGAAGUGAAGUGACCCCUACUAACUAUCUUGGUAGCUAGCUACGUACAGUAGAAUUGACAACUAAUUACAUACAGUGACGGACAACUAUCUGUGAAUUGUGCUGCACUAGAGCAAGCAUGUAAGCUUGAGUGCCAGUCUGUUUGUGCUAU